UUGUGUUUGCAUUCAAACUUUACGUGCUUGUUAAAAAUCAAGAAUAUCGCGUUGAAAUUGUAGUUUUUUGCGCUAAAUGCUGUGUAAGCUUAAAGUUUAUAAAUUUUUCUUUGCAUAUUGAUAGUUUUCGAGUGGUUAGCGUAAAGUUUGAAGUUCUAAAGUUGAUUUGCAAAAAAGCCGCAUCUUGUAGUGAAAAAAAAUCCAAUAUGGCGCCCCUGCCGGAGGACGAAAUAACACUGCGGCUGGAAUACUGGCCGGAUGAACUGAGCCCCGCCCAGAAGGCGGCAUACGAGAAGGCCGAAAAGGAGCACAACGACAUUCGAAACAAGCUGAAGGAUAUAGUAAAGGAAGCCGGAGGAAGGAACAUAUUUUCAGGUGAAGUUUUCACUGCUUUUCAGGUGUUAGGACCGGUUCCAGGUUUGGAGCAAAUAUCGAAACCGAUCACAUCGUUGCCGAAGAAAAAACCACCCCCGUCGCCGAUUGUGUCAUCCAGCUCUAAGCGAAGUGCGUCGCCGCUGUCUGAUCCUAGCAAGCGAAAGAGCCGCCGUUCGGAUUAUAAAUCCGAUGAUGGUGCGGAUACAGCCGCAGCUGAUUUCGUGCCGGAUGACGACGACGAAGAAUAUAUUCCGCUAUCUAAACGAUUGGAAAUGAAACGUAAAGCAGCAAAAGAAGCCGCUGCCAAAGAAAAGGAUGCCGCCAGGAAGAAGGACGAUAAAAAAUUGCCUGACAAAAAAGUGGAAACGAAACCACUCAAGAAACCGGAAAAACCCCAAAGCAUCAUGGCUAGCAAUGUUCGCCCGACAGAGUCCACAUCGAUCGGAGGCUUGCUGGUUGGUGGCGAUAAAGAACGCAAGAAAAUCACUGCCGAACCAACCGCUAUCGUCGAUCUUACCAAGGAUGACGCCGGGAAACCGGUGGCCGAUUCCCGUGAGAUCUCCUUUAGCAAGAUCCAGGGUAAAACAUUCCCGUCGCUGGUGGUCAUUGCUAGACCAUCACUACGUUCAACCGAGAAAAUCCCUGCUGAUCGUCCUCAGCUGGAUGCGAAAGUAAAAAAUGUGCUUAUGCAUACUGCAACCAAGUUCACGGAAUGGCUCAUUCAACAGGGCCUUGUGAAGUCCGAACAAUAUUGCCAGGUUCACCGCGGAACUGCACUCAAAUUGGGAAUGUAUUCCGAUGCGUCAAAGUUUCCCUAUUCUGGGGGAUACGUUUGGAUCAGUGAGUGCUGUCCGACAAGGUUCAUUUCUGUUUUCAAUGGAUCACUCUUCGAGGGUUCACCACAUCCUCCGUCGGUUAUACUGAAGCUUAUCUACCAUUGGAGCUGUCAGACGAACGUUUCCAAUGUGGUCAACUGGGUGAAGGUGGAUAACCUGUACGUGAAGGGGCUCUACACUUGGUUGCGAUCGAUUUGCACCGUGGCGCUCAGUCAGCAUAUGAAACUGCUGGGCGGUAUAGGUAAAAAGAUAGAGGUUGGAGUAAUCUCACUCGGGACGACCACUCAGGAUGGUCAACAACGUCAGGUUAAGGUGGAAGUUCUUGGCGUGCUCGAUCCCGAAGCUAAGCUUGUCCGGCUACGUGCCGUGGAGCCGCUGAGCGAUGGUGAACGCAACUACAAGAAACGAUUUUCAAAAAUUCUAGAGCCGCUGAGCGGUUGGGUACAUAAGGACAGUGUGAUUCUAACAGAUCUUACGGUCGAUAAAGGAACACUGAAUAACAUGGGUUACAAGAUUGUCCAGCAAGUGUCUCCCGCGGAUUCUACCGCUAAGAACAGCAACGCCAACAUUAUGGACUAUUUGCGACGCAUCGUGCCGCGCAUGUUCCAGAAUACGUUGUCUUUGCUUUCGCGACAAAUCAUUCAGCAGUUCCUGAACGAGUUGGUGUGGCGUGAAUCGUUCGGAAACUCUCCCGGACAGACGUUCGAUAACAUUGUAAUGCAUAUCGCCGAACAGACGAAGAUCGAAACGAGGGACAAUCUGGUGACACGGCUGAAUAAGGCUGCAGCGGAUCCGUUUAAGCACUGGACCUAUCAGAUAGAGUCGUUCAGUUCACCGAAGCCAUCGGGUGCCAAACGAGGACGGAAGCCCAAGGAACCAUCUCCCCCACUGGCCGCUCCGGAGGCCCCGAAAAAGAUUAUCCUGAAAAAGCUGAAACGAGAAGAGGAAAAAUCGGCAGCAUCGGUCAGCAGCAGCGGUAGUGGCGCCGCCAGCAGCAACGCCAGCGGCAGUCACACCAGCGGCCCAGCGAAGAAGGCUCGCCCGGCGGUGGAGGAAAAGGAAGAGUUGGUUCCGUUGGAAUCCUACUACUACGGACAGCUGGAACCGCUGGCCGGUGGCGAAACGCUGAAGGAAGGUGCCGAACCGGCUGCGUUCAGCGUUACUUGUCCGGAGUGUCCAACGACGUUCCGAAACAACGUCGACUUCCAGGAUCAUCUGUUCCGUCAUGCCAAUCCGACGACCGGUGACCACAUUCAGUGUCGUUACUGCUUGGAAAACUGGGGCACCGAGGAGGCACUGAAGAAGCACACGGUGCUGAUUCACUCGCUGGAGACCAAGAAUUCGGUUGCAUCAACGUUUAAUUGCUUGAUUUGUGAGCAACGUUUUGGAACCACUCAAAUGCUGGCUGCUCAUCUGCAGAAGAACCACCUGCAGAUGGAGCUGCCCUACAAGUGUGCUGGUUGCGACUACAAGAGCUCAUCGCACCACCUGACGAUCGACCAUUUCUACAAGAAGCACAACAACUCCGGCCUGAUUCAGUGUCCGUUCUGUUUGAAGAUGACGCUGGUCUGCAACGCCGACGGACCGAUCGCUGAAAACGUAAGCGAUUUCAUGAAACACAUGAAGGCCCACUUCAACAAGGCACUGGCGAAGAAGUGCGGCAAAUGUGCGCUCAGUUUCAUCACGCGCGGUGCGCUGAAGGUGCACGGACUGUUUGCCCACGUGGUUACGAAACCGGCGGCGAACGUGAAGUCAAUUACGAAGUCCGUCACUAAUAUUCCCAAACCGAAGCAUAAAGCAGUCGUUCAGAAGGAACUAACCACAUUUAAAACACUGGAAGCGUACGGUAGUGUGACCCUCAAUAUGGCUUGCGGUAAAAUUUGCCUCGAAUGUGACAGCGAUUUCGAUGAGGAUAAUCAUAUAAUUGGUCUGCUCAAGUGUUUGAAGUGUACUUAUAAAACGUCCUGUCUGCCCUCGAUGGUGGGCCACACGUCAUCGUGCAAUCCGAAUGCCACUUCCGACUAUACCGUCUAUCAACUUGAAGCAGAAAUGCACUGUAUCUGUGGAUUUUCGUCCUCUGAUGGCAACGCUUUGGCACGCCAUCUGGUGACAUGUGACCGUAAGAGUGUCUACCCCACGGUGGAAUCCUGCCAGGAAAAUACCGUCAAGCGUAACAUGCUCGAUAUGCUUGGGCUGGUUCGUCGUGACGACGAAGGAAGUGAAGAGACAGCGGCGGAGCAAAGUCCAGCUGCCACCGCUGCUGUUGCUACCACUCCAGUAGCUGCCGCAACCGGUGGUGAGGGAGAAACGACCACCGAUCAACAACAGCAGCCCGGCUUCUCUGGUGGUAACACUUCCAUAGCGUACGAUCCUUCCCAAUCGCUGUACAACAUUGCCGGAACGGGCAACGAGCAGUUCAAUACGCAGCUUUCGCUGGACGAUUUGGGACCACCGUCGGUGUUGGCACAGCAGCAGCAGGAGACUGAUAGAACUCCCCAGCUGAAGGACGACUAUCAGUCGUUGGCUACGCCACGAGUUUCUCAGAUGGAUACGGAUCAAGGCGAGUACGAUCAGCAAGAAGCUGGAUACUGAAGGAUGACGACUUGUAGUGGUAAGAACUUUCAAUUUUACUCAAAUUAUUCUCGUCUCAGAUUGUCCGCAAUGAUACUAUAACAUAUAAUAUGCAAUAGCAUAUGCUAUCGAUAGUAAUAUUAAGAGCUCUAUGUGUUAAGUUGAUAAAACAAAGCUAUUCAAACUAUAUAUUGGCAGAACUUGAAUUAAGAAGUAUUGUGGCCGUUUGAAGUCUACUUCGAAUGUGGGUUUUUUUUUUAUAUUUUCUCACUCUAUUAUAUAGUAAACAGAUGUUUUAGGUUCCACCGGAUUGAUCAAUAAACAUUAUGCUU